AUGGCAGGGCCCGUCGUCGAGCUCUUCAGCACUUCGAUCUUGUCCAACGUCAAAGUUCGCUCCCGUCACGAGCGUUACACCUCGGUCCUGGCCAUCAAAAAGGUCCCCUAUGUCUACCAUGAUCUCGCCUCGGACGAUGACGCGAAGAGCAGGUGGCGACGCAAAGCGAAGGACCCGCAGCUUCCGGGUAUCUUGGUCAACAACGAAUGGGUAGGAUCCUUCGACGAGUUUGAAGAGGCAGUCGAGUUCGGAGAGCUUGAGCUCUUCCUCGGAGUCGCACCAGCGGAAGCACAGACCCUACCAACAGCUCCUCAUCCAGCUCAAUUCGCAGUGAGCUCCAAGGAUCCCAGCCUGUACCCGACUCUGCCCUACGCCGCCGAGGGCGCUGGCCGCUGGAAGGAGCCCGAUGCGGACCAAUUCAUCUCGUCGCUCAACAUCAAGGAGGAGGAGCUCAACGACGCUGAUGUCGAUGCGAUGCUCACUGAUAUCGGUAAGCUGGCCUCUGCGCCGGCUUCGACCACGGAAAAGAAGUAUGUGCCUUCCAAGGAGGCCGCCAUCAAGCCCUUGCGCUUCGCCAAGAUGGGCCCCACCACAUCACAUCAGAGGAUGCCUUCUGGCUCGUCGGGUACAUCCAGUCCAGCCGCAGGUACACGCGCAUCUCCCAUAGCAAGGUAUUCAGCAACGCAGAGGUCAACCAAGGCUCUGGCCGCAGAGGCGGACGCGCUCACCUCGAAUCGAAAGACCUCCGGCGCAUUGCUGCGCGAGGCCGUGUCGCAGGGCAAGACGCUCGACGAUGCCAUGGAGGAGAGCCGUAUGAGGCACGUUCUUAGCCAAGACAACAUCGACGAUCUUUUCGCGUCUCUCGGGCUCAGCAACGUGGACAUCGGCGAUGACGAGGUGGACCAGUUCCUCGACCAGGGCGCGAUCCCUAAGGGUCUGCGCUUAGGUGGAGACCGUGUGCAUCGAUCAUCGUCGAGGGCGGACAAGGCAAGGGACACAGCAGUCGCGAAGGACUUGGUGCUCAAGGCGAGAGAGAAGGGACAUGGCUCGGCUCGUACCAGUCUCUCCAACGAUGGCUCCAAGCUGGCGCAACUGCAACCUGCGUCUAGCAUCGGGACGGCAGCCGAGACUCAGUCGAGCCUUCCUGCCAGCAUCUUGGCUGUGCCAUCUCAAGCUGCGAACAUUGUUGAAGGCGUUCCAAAGGCUUCUGGUUCCGAUGGAAUCGAGGCCAACGAAGCACCAGAUGUGAAAGAAGUGGAACUUGAUGGAGGCGUUGCCAUCAAGAGCGGCGACGACUCCGAAGACACUCUUUCAAACGCCGUCAACGAGGAUGAGGCGACAGCUGCGACUCGUCAGGCGAUAGAUAGCGGGGCCGACAAGGAAGAAGGCGAGCGAGCUGAGACGAAGUUGGCUGCUGCGGAUCAGGCUGUAGGUUCGAACGGGAUUAGCACGAUCGCCUCAGAGCAGCCGGUCGUGCCCUCUCUAAGCCUAUCGUCACAAGACGAGUCGCAUGUUUCCGAGAAGGGAUCGACGCUUGCGAAGGCGGAACCAACGAUAUCUAGCACAGAUGCGCAAGACCCUCCGGCCACGGGGACGGUGGCGCCAAGCAGAAGCGGGGUCUCGUUGGACACAGACGGUGACGAGAGCGAACCAAUCGUCAGAAUGGGAGACGACAAGGGGGAGGAUAAGGUCGAGGCCGCAGCGUCAGCAGCAGCGGACGGUGAAGCAGCAUCGGUUGCGACAUCCGAGGUGCCUUCCGUCGUCACGGCGUCCCAAAACGUCAAGGUGCAAGGAAGCGAUGCAAUCGUCCCGGUUGAGGUCGAAGGAGAGCUUACACCAACCAAGGAGGCUCCCUCGCUAGUGUCGACAGCAGCAGAGCCGACGCAGCCAGCGUCCACAGCAGCAGCAUCGCUAGAGACGCACAUCGCCGAGGACGACGACUUCAGCCUGGAGCUGGCGCAAGCAGCAUCGAUCGCCUCACGCUACGAGGAGCGCAAGACGCCCACUCCAAGUCCGCAACGCCCAAGUAUCUCUAGCGGUCUCGACGCGAUAAGCCCAACCAAGCCGACAGCAGUCACAUCAGCCGACGCCCUAUCACCGCCGCUCGGUCACGUGGGAGGAGAAGCCGACCAAGAAGACUCGGAGAGUCCGCUUCAUCUUGGUGUCGAAGCUGCGGUCGAUCCGAGCCACCAGACUUCCUCUCGACGCCAAGCCUCGUCGUCGUCGACCUCGUCACGCAGGGCCAUCGAUGUCCCGAGGCCCAUCGCUCCGCAAUCGGUCUCGCCGCCCGCGUCUGGGUUCUCCGACAAUCCAAUGUCACCCGAUACGCUGGCCAAGAGGAAGAAGGGCAUUCUCGGAUUUGGGCUAGGCAGGGACAAAGAAAAGGACAAGGAAAAUCUGAGCACCAACACGAACGCAGCCAACAGUAAAGCUGGAGGUGGUGUGACGCGAGGACACGAACGCACCAUCUCGCAGAUUCUCAGGGAUGCGGACGCAGUGCUGCAGUCGGACGACUACGAGGAAGCAGGCGGAGAGGAUACGGUCGACUCGGCCAUGCUGUUUGGAAGCGCGACAGUUGACGUGGAAGCAGGCCAAACUCCAAGCUUGCGAGGCGCUUCUCGUCCGCUCUGA